GCAGCGUGCGGCGCGGUGUGCGAUGCGGGGAAGCGUGUGUGAUGUGGUGGGGGACAGAGGGACAGAUUGGUGAUUGUGCGCGAGGCAACACAGCAGCGGAAAGCGCUGACGAUGUUUUCGAGAACUCAGUUGGAUCCGAGCGCGCAACUGCGACACGCGCUAUUCUAAGGAGGUGGACCGAGUCGAGAGCGAGGUAGCGAGAGCGAGGUAGCGAGAGCGAGGUAGCGAGAGCGAGGUAGCGAGAGCGAGGUAGCGAGAGCGAGGUAGCGAGAGCGAGGUAGCGAGAGAGAGAGAUUGUAAGUGGUUUAGAAGACGACCCGGCUGAGCAGAAGGACAACUGUCAUGGGAUUAAUGUGAACCCUUCUGCGGCUCUUCAUGGAGGGGUCCUGGCCUGGCCUGUGGAGAUGAGCCAAUAGGCAACUAUAUAAGGACCAGGGUUUAUGCUGAUGAAACUCAUCUGCUCCAAGAGGAAAAGGCUUGAAGAUGAUGCUUGUCUGACAUGGAAAAAUAGGAGAUACAAAACCAGGCUGCGGCGCUCCUCCUUUACCAUGAACUGAACCUCCUACACAUCGAUCUGCAGGAGAAACAGAGAGGGAUCUGACCAGAUCGCCAUGGUCUCACAAGUGAGCCUCAACCACAGCAAUGGGGAGCUCGAAAAUUGCUGGUUCGAGCCAGAGGACGCCUCCCUCCUGGUGUCCCCCCUGGUGGUGGCAGGCAUCGUCAUCGGGCUGGUCCUCUUCCUCUCCUGUGUCACCAUCAUCAUCGGCAGCCUUCGCAAGGACAGCCGCUUGCAGACCCCGCACCUCCGGGCCAGCUAUGGUCCAGAUGGUUUCUCCUACGAGGGGUCACUGGGGGAGCUGCGGUCGGCGUGUAUGGAAGACUUCCCUCCAGGCCUGGACUUCAACUCGUACACAGAGACCCUGUCCGAUACUCAUGGCGUGUUCCAGGACUCACCACCGGGCUACGAUGAGUGUAUCAGCCCCGGGGCCUCGCAGCUCUUCAUUCCCACCGAGGAUCCGCCCCCUUACUCCCUAUUGGACCCCUUAAUCAGAGGGGCGGGGCAGGAGGAGGAGCCUGCCUUCAUCAGUCCAUACCCCUACACCAGAGAGUCUUCAGCCAGCUGGCUCUCUCCUGACCAGUACCCAAUAGGACUGCAGGAUCCAGAGCAGCAGCCUAUCUCUUCCAUCUCCCUCCCCCUGGAGGCGGCGCCGGCCUAUGACUCGGUGGUGACUGAGCUGCCCCUCAUGCCAUGUGUCCUCUACAAGCACCAAUCCCAGGGGGCCGGAGCUCAGCCCCACCAUACUGAGGCAGACCACGUUGUGUAGGACUCCGGCUGUGGUUCCUCCAACGUUGGGCGGCCAGUGGGUGGUUUGUUGUCUGAAUCCAUGGGAAUGAAUAGCUUCCAGAGUAGGACGCUGGAGACACUCACUAGGAGUGAGGCUCAGUGUUAUAAUGUCCGCUGUGGAGACGAGGGGGUCUGGCCAGUUGGGACCCUCUUUAGAUACCUAGAAAUACCUACUGUAGCCUGAACUUUGUGUUCUUUAUGUAUGUAUUUAUGUAAUUAUUUAUUCAAACAGCUCUCUUUAUUUGACCAUGAAUUCGCUACCGUGCUUUAUUUGUUGCUGAUUGCGAAUAAACUUGAAAACUGUAGGUCAACACAUUAACCAAUGAUGAGUAGUGACACCUGGGGACGGAUUUCGGAAGUUGGUCUUUCAGGGCAGCAAAAGGAUAUGCUGCACUAUGCUGCACAGUCUAAUGAAGGCUUCGACUGCUCAAACAAGCCCUCUGUCUGCUUAAUGCGAGCAUGAGCUCAUUGCCAACAGCAGCAGCAGAUUGUGACCUGCUCACAGGAGUCAUGCUGCGCUCUCAGCAUCGUCUGGUGGAGGAAUAAUGAACAAUAUAAACCUAGUAAGUGACAGCCGGAGCUGUUAACUAGUUGAAGCCAGUGUUAGUUGAACUAUAAAGAACUAUAAACGUACAAACAGGCCUCUCACUACAAGAUACACAUGGUGUUAUGGUAGCUGAAAGAAUAUAUAUGUAUAUAUAUAUAUAUAUAUAUAUCAAUAAAUAUUAUUUUCUGUACCUCGGGAGGGGGCUUUUUCUUUAAGACCCAUGAACCUCGUGGAGUUUUCUUAGUAAGGAAUUUGGUUUUAGUUGUUGCCCAGCAGCGUAGUGUAGCUAUCUUGCUCUCCAUCUGUGUCUCUCUCUCUCUCUAUGGAUCAGAGUGGAUAGAGCGAUGGAGAAGUUGAGGUUACGAUUCAGAUAAUGGCUGUAGUCAUUUGACAUACGUUUGGUGUGUGUGUUUCUGUCUGUCUGUCUUUCACAUUGUUUCUCUCUUUUCCAUUUUUCUUUUUUGGAGUUUUUUGGAGUUCUAAACCAGGAACUGACUUUGGCCCGUCGCCACGGUCGCUAUUUUGUUUCUCUGGUCCUCUCCAUAUAUACUCUAACCUGUCUUACGAUAUUCUUUACUCAUUAUUCAGCAUUUGGGAGAUUUAGUUUUACGUGUUUGCAACUUCUCAUUCUGAUCUUUGUUCCGAUCUUUCUAAGCAGUAUUUAUUUGGCCUCAGUAGUUGGGGUUGUGGGUUUGAAUAGGACCUAACAAAGGUGUGUUAUAUUUCCUUUUUCAACCAUAUCAACCGAGAUUGUAUCCAUAUAAUCAAAAGGAAUAAAUUAGUAGUUCAAAAAUAUCUGUCAGGCCCAGAAAUAUAAUGAAUUAUACUAAAAGUAGACAUACUAUAAGUUUAAGACAGCUUAACAAUAAACAAUGAGAAUACCAAUAUAUGAUCUAGAAGUUGUAAUCACCCCAGCAGCUUAUGGUCAUACAAGUCCACCCUGUCACACUUUUUAUUUGUGUUCCUCAAUAAUGUGUACUCUUUAGGUAUUUUAUUAUUUAUAUUAUAUUGUAUUCAGUUAUUCACUUUGUUUUUAAAUUAAUGUUACCGCUACUGAGAAUGAGAAUGAAGCUGUUUAGGUCUAUUAGAGCCGCUUAGCUUUCAAAAAAUCUCAGAUUCAGAAUAAACGUGGAAAAACCUCUUAGAACAUUAUGAUUACUGUUACAAUAAUAAUUAAACAAAUCUGGAGUGAAUGUCUAUCGGUUCAUUUUUCUAGACAUACUGGAACCUAUUUUAGACCUUUUUGACCAUGGUUAUUGGUGAAUGAAAUGCCCCAGUAACUCUUUUUGGCUGCGUGUGUAGACUGGUAGCCUGUGAGGAAGAAGACAACAGGUCAGUAGUCAAACAUAUGUUAUGUGAACAUACAAUUAUGGAUCAUUUAGGAUUAUUUAUGCAAAAAUAAAAACGUGGACAUUCAUUAAGCUUGUAUGUACAUAUCAAUGAUGAUGAUUACAAUGUAUAGACAGGACUAGCUUUACAAUUUGAGUUGAUAUUCUUAAGAUGCAUGUGUAGUGGAAUUGUAUGCUUUUUAUGAUUGUCAUCCUAUUUUUGUGUUAAAAGAAUGAGCCUACAACUUUUAAACUGUUCUAUCUACAUUAUUUUCUUGACCAACAUAAUAUAAAUGUGAUAAGACCCUUUAUGGUGCAUGCUAACAUAGCUGUGUUGACGUGUAAAAUUGAAAGUUUCUUCCCCUUCGUCACCAUCCCUGUUGGACAUCAAGCAACCCAGAUCUGCUGGUUAAACUAUAUUUUUGACCUUUAUGAGCAUAAAUUGAGUUCAGAGGUGAGGAAAUAAGGUAGAAGAGCAUCUUAAUGUACGUGCAUCAUGUUCUUCUGCGAAGGGACAGCAGGAUAGUUCUGCUGUUUAGCAGAUGAGCCUCCCAGUAAUCCUGUCACAUUCCCCUUAUGGGCUGGGAUACUGAUGGUUUUUACUUAGCUGUAUCUUCCGUCUGUCCAGCUGUACUGACACUCAUUCAUUUCGGCUUUCUCUGAACCGUCACCAUGUAAUAUUUUGACUGAAGGUAUCGUUUUUGUUCAAUUGAUUCCGAGCUCAUGAGUGUCACAAUAAAAUCCAUCCAUCCACAACUUCA